GUCAUCGAGUGUGUGUCUAUGUGUCCCCCUCAGGGUGGUUUCAGCUUUACUUGAAUCCACUCUCUUGUUGCUGCUCCGAUCAGGCUGUUUACUUCUUGAUAACCGGGUGACUGUCCAGAGGGCAGGGCAGAGUCUGCCGGGACUGCUUUUUCCAGGUUUCACUUUCCAAUAGUGAAGGAACCAGAGAAGGGCGGACUGAGCUGUCCGGGAUCGUUCCCGAGGGUCCCACGGUCUGGUCUCUGCAGACACCCCUGGGCCGAGCUCUGCUGCUUCUCCACUGUCCUGAGACCACCUGGCCCCAGACAUGAGGAACUCAGACUUGGAUCUGGAUCAGGAUUGGGCUCUGAGUGACUAACUUCAGGUGCAAAUUCUGAGGACAGAUUUGGGGUCUGCCCAGGGUCCCUGAACCUUCUCAUGCUGCUGAGUUUAGAGACGCCCCUGAAGUCCUGGCCUUUCAGAGCAGGACUGUUUCUGGCCCUGAGCCCUCCUCCCCACCGGGGUCCCUGAGCUCUGGGCCAGCCCUGGGUCUGCCUCCUGCCCUGUGUCUCUCCAGCUCUGAGGAGAUGGAGGACUUCUUCCAUGGCUCUGUGCUCUGCCACCUCAUCUCUCUGCUCCUCUUCACACAGCUGCCUUCCGGGGGUUUCGCACAGGAGUUCAUCGUGAUGGCCCCCCCGGACCCCAUUGUGGCAGUGCUGGGCGGGGAAGUCCAGCUACCUUGUCGUGUAUCUCCAGCCAUGAGUGCCGAAGACAUGGAGCUGAGGUGGUUCCGCUCCAAGUUUUCAGAAGCUGUGUUCAUCUAUCAAGACCGACUCGAGCAGAAAGAGGAGCAGAUGGCUCCUUACGCAGGGCGGACCUCACUGGUGAGGGACCUCCUCAUCCAGGGAGAAGCUGCUGUGCGUAUCCAGAAUGUCAGUGUUUCAGACAAUGGGCUGUACACCUGCUUCUUCAGAAAGGGAGGCUUCUAUGAAGAGGCCAGUUUGGAGCUGAAGGUGGCAGGUGUGGGCUCUGCCCCUCAGGUGUGCAUCACAGGGCCUGAGGAAGAUGGUGUCCGCGUGGUGUGCACGGCCUCGGGGUGGUUCCCGAAGCCCCAGGUGCAGUGGAGAGACCUCAGCGGAGAGAAGUUCCUGGCGUUCUCUGAGGCCCACACCCAGGAUGCUGAAGGGCUGUUCAGCGUGGAGGCGGCGCUGGUGGUGAGAGACAGCUCUGUGGGGAACGUGACCUGCUCCAUCCUCAACCCUGUCCUGGGCCAGGAGAAGGCCAUGGCCAUUUUCAUCCCAGAGCCCUUCUUCCCUCAGGCCUCUCCCUGGAAGGUGGCUUUCUCAGUGAGCCUGACUGUGCUGGUGAUCUUGCUCCUUGGGGCUGGAUGUUACACCAAGAGACAGCAUUCCAUGAAGAUGCAGGUGAGGGGAGAAAAGGAGACUCUGUGCCAGACUAGCGAGCAGGACCGUCAGACAAAGGAGGAAGUGCUGAAGGACGCAGCUAACCUUCAGGAAGAACUUGAGAGGAGGAAAUCCGCUUACCUGGCUGCCUGGAGGAAGGCACAGCUGUAUGCAGAUUGGCGGAAGGAGGAGUUCCAGGAAUGGCCUGUCACUCUGGAUCCAGGAUCUGCCCAUUCAUGCCUUGUCAUCUCUCAUGAAAAGACAAGUGUGACCUGGAAGGACUCCCAUGUGAACUCUGGAGAUACCUGCAGUGUACUGGGCUUUGAGGGCAUCACAUCAGGGCGUUGUUACUGGGAGGUGGAAAUCAGGGAUGGAGACCAAAGCGAGUGGACCCUGGGGGUCUAUAGGGAAGGUGUGAACAGGAAGGGCUGGUACAGAGAGUCCCCAGAUAAGGGGUUCUGGGCUGUGGGGAGAUUUGAAAGAGGAUAUUGUGCCUGUACAUUACCUCCGACUAUGCUAUCCCUCAUGCAGGCUCCCCACCCCAGGCUUAGGGUAGGGGUGUUCCUGGAUUACCAGGAAGGGGACAUCUCCUUCUACAACAUGACUGAUGGCUCCCACAUUUUCUCCUUCCCUCAGGCUUCCUUCUCUGGGACCCUCUUUCCAUACUUCAUGAUUAGGUCAGGGGACGUGUCCUUGACCGUCUGCUCCAAGGUGGGAGGGUCUGAGGGGCUCCCUGUUACCCUUAGCAAUCCUUCUCUGGAGGAGCCUGUGAGCCUCCCAAGGGCGGGGUUCAGCUCAAGCUCUGCUGCUGAUGGUCUCCCCGGGGCUGAUUCUCCAUUGCUCCCCUGCAACCCUGAGGCUGUGUCCCCAUAGGGCCUGUCACUGUCUUGGACUCUCGCUGUGGCUCUUCCUGCAGCUUCAGAUCCCUUGUGACAGAGGGCCCUGAGGUACAGCCUGGAUGGCUGGGAGUCUUGCCCUCCUGCUCUGGAGACAGGGUCUUGGGCUUGUGGUUAUGAGAAUUUUCAAUUCAUGCUGUGUGCUCAGGUAACAGAUUAUAAAAGUUGACUCUCUGAGCUGGUUUGGGGGUAGCCUGAAAUUUACUAUGGGAAAUUGUUUUUCUUUUAGUAAUGAAAAAUAUUUCAUGAAGUUUUUAUACUGUUUGGAUAUGCUAAAUGAUGAGAGGUUGAAUUACUCUGCAGACUAAUGUCGUGUUUUUGUUGUUGUUUAGUUGCCAAGUUGUGUCCGACUCUUUUGUGACCCCAUGGACUGAAGCCCUGAAGGAGAUCAGUCCUGGGUGUUCAUUGGAGGGACUGUUGCUGAAGCUGAAACUUCAA